AUGUUUACUCUUGCAACUAUAUUCACCCUCCUCGCUGGGCCAAGUCUCGCAGUUCAGACUGUUGUAGACUUGGGAUAUAGCAAAUACCAAGGUCAGGUUCAAGCAAACGGCAUUUCGACAUGGUUUGGCAUGCGAUAUGCUGCACCGCCCCUUGGAGCUCUUAGAUUUGCAGCGCCGCAGGAUCCACCGACUACAAGCGGUACGCAGGAUGCCAUAUCGACCAAACGCACAGCCUGUAUCGGAGUGGGUGAUAAUGUUAACACUCAAGACGCUGAAGACUGCCUAUACGUUCAUGUCUGGGCACCUACAGCUGCGACGACAACUAGCAAGCUCCCUGUACAUGUCUAUAUCCAGGGCGGAGGGUUCAACGACAACGGUGACGGAAACAGAAACGCGACUGGUCUGAUGCGAGCUGCUCAAAACAACAUUGUAGUGGUCCAGUUUAAUUAUCGUGUGGGAGUAUAUGGUUUCCUGGCCUCAUCCGAGAUCUACAACAGCAAUACAGCCGCCACAAACGCUGGUAUCCUUGAUCAGAGGAAGCUUCUCCAGUGGGUUCAAAAGAACAUUGCGCAGUUUGGCGGCAAUCCAGGCCACGUAUUCCUUGAUGGUGCCAGUGCGGGAGCAGGUUCAGUCGCCAUCCAUCUGACAGCAUACGGUGGUCGUAACGACAACCUCUUCCACGCUAUUGCGUCUCAAGCACCAUCGCUACCACCACUGUUGACGAUUUCUGAAGCCCAAUUUCAAUAUGACCGCCUCGUCGUAGCUACCAAAUGCUCUGGAACCCCGUCCACUCUCGACUGUCUACGUAGGCAGAAUGUGACAUAUUUUCAACAACAAGCCAAAACCGUCCCCACCGCAUUUCCUGGCACGAAUCAAGCACCAAUAUAUUUCUGGGGUCCCUCCAUUGACAACAGGAUAAUUGCAAACUAUACCUACGGGGAACUCGACGCCAAACACUUUGUGCGCGUGCCAGCAAUCUUCGGAAGCACGUCUAAUGAAGGAAACAGCUUUGUUAAUGCAGGCUUAAGGCCCCAACAGACCCAAAAAAACGCAGACGACUUCAUCAAAGCCCAGUUCCCCAAGAUCACAGACUCCGACAUAAACAACCUCCACACCGUCUUCUCCGGACCCGGCUCCGACGGGACAUACACGCAGUACGCGGCCGACAUGCUCGGCCGUUUCAAAUAUAUCUGUCCCGCGCUCUCUUUCGCCCGCGGGUUCGUGUAUGCCGACUACCCCAACACCCAGCCCGCAAACGCAAAGACCUGGGUGUACCGCUGGGACGUCGGCGCCGCGACACAUGUCGCCGAAAUGGGCGACAUAUUCGCCACGGACGGCCACAGCACGCAGGCCGGCACGGAUAUUCAGAAUUACUGGGCCAGCAUGAUUCGUAGCUAUGACCCGAACACGUACAUGCCCCCAGGUCGACCGCGCUGGGCGGCGUAUGGAACGGGUGGGAGCGGGAAUUAUGGGACUAGAGUGCUGUUUCAGAAUUCGAAUACGGGGAUGGAGACGGUGAGUUCGGUGACGCAGGGGCAGUGUAAUGUGAUUUGGCAGAUUGGGAGGUCGGUGCGGCAGUGA